AUGACGGAGCUCUCCAGUCCUGAAUUUGAAAUCGAUGUGGAAAGUUUGGAGACAGAGACAGAGACAGGGGGUGAGGAGGACCCCGGCUGCAAAGAAGAAGACAAAGCUGUCCUUAACCCCGGUAGUGGCGAUCAGAAGAAGCUGAGUCGAACUCCCAAAUGUGCCCGCUGUAGAAACCACGGUGUGGUUUCGUGCCUCAAAGGCCACAAGCGCUUCUGCAGAUGGAGAGACUGCCAGUGCGCCAACUGCCUGCUAGUGGUGGAGCGCCAGCGGGUCAUGGCCGCUCAGGUGGCCCUGAGGAGACAGCAAGCCACAGAGGAUAAGAAAGGCAUAGCAGGGAAGCCAAUACAACCUGAGAGACGGGCUAUUUACCACAGACACAUGCGCCCAUCCACUAUGCUGGCAAAAAGUAUUUUAGAAGGUUACCGCCCUUCCCAGUCAGACCCUUUCAUGGGUGUGAGUCCAGCUCUACCACCACCACUUAGUGACCGCAUGAGGAAGAGACGUGCCUUUGCUGACAAAGAGCUGGAGACCAUCAUGCUAGAGCGGGAAUACAAGGAACGAGAACUCAUUGAGUCCAACCAGUCGGCCUCUGCCUCUCUGUUCUUGCCAGGAAAUGUGGUUCAUGCUGCAGAGUACAACUCUUAUAAGACGGCCUUCUCCUCGUCGUCUGCUCCCAACGCUGCAAACGAAGCACCCUCCAAGGAGUUGUGUGGCUUUCUGCCAGGGUGUCUGGACCUUCCUCUGGGCUAUGGAGCUGCUAAUGGGGCAGCCAAUGUUGAACUUAUAUCCUCUAAUGUGAGCGUGGCCACUACAUAUCGCCAAUACCCUCUCUCACCUCGUUUUGUCAUGUGGCCGAGGAGCAGCAGCAACCUGGGUGAUGCACUACUUUACCAGCAAUGCCUUCUUAAUGCCACAGCAGUCCAGAACCUCAAGCCUGGUGCUGUCUGGGACCCCAAGAUGAUGCCCUCAAGUGAAAGCCAAUCACCUGAGCAGGAAUCUGCAUCUUCUGCGGCCUCUAGACUCGAGGGGUCCCGGGUGGCUUUGGAACUGAGUGAAGUUCAGCCUGGAGAGUCCCAGACAGGACAGAACAUCAGGGACCGCUCAGCCUUCUCUCCUCCUAAGAAACUUUUCGGGCCAUCAUUUGCCAGUGGCCCACUCCCUCCAGGAGCCCACGAGCAUUUAUUGAACAAGAUCAGCAAAGAUAGUGCCAAGCAGACACUGUCCAUGAAACUGAACUCUUUCCACUCACUGAUCCAGCAGACACUGAAUGAAAAGGGCACUGAGUUGAGAAGCCCAUACUCUAAAGAAUUACUAGAGGAGGCUGCUAGAAAGUACAGGGACAUUACAGCGAAGGACACAGCUUGCAUUAAAAGCUCGGAGAGAGCAGUAAAAGACUUCAUUGUUAAGCCAGCUGGCACAAAGGUUUCUUCGAGUGAGCCUUUGUCAUUUUCUGUAGAAGCCAUUUUAAAACGACCCUCGUUGCCAGUAAAUCGAGCAUUACAGUAA